AUGCCUUCACCGAUCCGUCGUCAGCGUCUGCUGACCUUUUGUGCCAUCGUCAUCGUCUUUAUGCUCUAUCGCGCCUUUCAAAACUCCUAUGACAGCUCUCCUGUCUACGACAGCCUGCACACCCACGAGUACGAGAAGCCCCCGACUGCUGGCCAAAGCCCCCCUCCGCCAGACUACGAGCCUGCCGUCGAGAAUGUCCACGCUCCCGCUGCCACUGCUCCCGCCGCCGCCGUCGAUGUCGACCGUCAAUCGACAGAAUAUAAGGAUGACAAGUACGACCUCUCGAGCCCGACCGAGUCCCUGGAGAAGGGGAAGAAGCCCGGCAGCACCACCCAUAGUUCCGACGAGGACAGCAGCGAGGUCAAGAUCCCCGAGCUGAAUGCCUCCCCUGAAGUUGACAAGUCUCCCUCUUCCAAGGAUAAGACGCAGGGGUCGACGUCCGGAAAGGACUCUUCAUACAACGACCUGGACGAUGAGGCCAAGUCGGAUAAGAGCGGCAGCAAUCUGGUUAGCGGUUCCGGCAGCAGUCAUGAUAGCGGUUCUGGCAGCGGUUUCGGCAGUAGCUCCUUCUCCAAUGAGCCCUCCUCAAAGGAGUCUUCCUUCGAGGAGCCUUCCUCCGAGGAGUCUACCCCCAAGGAGAGCCUCGACGUCCAGUGGAAGAACCCCCCGCACGACUCCACCAACAAGGCUCUGCUGGGAAGCGAAAGGAUUCACUGGGAGAAGAUGCCCGAGAACUUUCCGCUACCCGAAGAAUCCAUCAUUCCCCUCCCCACCGGCAAGCCCGCCAAGAUCCCCAAGAUCCAGCACAACUUUGGCGCGGAGUCGGAGAAGGCCAAGAAGACGCGCCAAGACAGGCUGAAGCGCGUGCAGAAGGAGAUUGAGCGCAGCUGGAAGGGCUACAGGAAGAAUGCAUGGAUGCACGACGAGCUGUCGCCCCUGUCGGGCAAGUUUCGCGACCCCUUUGGUGGCUGGGGUGCCACCCUAGUCGACUCGCUAGACACGCUGUGGAUCGCCGGUCUGAAGGCCGAGUUCGAAGAGGCUGUCGAGGCCGUGGCCGAGAUUGACUUUACCUGGACACCGCGCAACGACAUCCCCGUCUUCGAGACGACGAUCCGCUACCUGGGCGGCCUGCUGGGCGCCUACGACGUCAGCGGCGGGGCCGCCGGUGGCCACGGGGUGCUCCUGGACAAGGCGGUCGAGCUGGGUGAGAUCCUCAUGGGCAUCUUUGACACGCCUAACCGCAUGCCCAUCCUGUACUACCAGUGGCAGCCGCAGUUUGCCUCGCAGCCCCACCGCGCCGGUCGCGUGGGCAUCGCCGAGCUGGCAACGCUGUCCAUGGAGUUCACCCGCCUGUCCCAGGUGACGGGCGAGGACAAGUACUACGACGCCAUCGACCGCAUCACCAACGGCCUGGUCGACAUGCAGGCCGAAGGCACGCGCAUCCCCGGCCUCUUCCCCGAGGCCAUCGACGCCUCGGGCUGCAACAAGACAGCGACGACGGACAAGAUCCCCGACGAAGAUGACAGGCUGUCCAGGAGGGCCGUCGUCGCGGAAGAGAAGACGGCACCCGAAAAGAGCGAUCCUCCCCCAUCUUCCUUCUCCUCCCAGAACCAGCAGGGCCCCGUAGCGGCCAACGGUCAGAAGUCCAAGUGGGACUGCGUGCCCCAGGGCCUCGUGCCAGCCGGUAUGGGCUACCAGAGCUUCUCCAUGGGCGGCGGCCAGGACUCUGCUUACGAGUACUUCCCCAAGGAAUACCUGCUGCUAGGUGGCCUGGAGGCCAAGUACCAGAAGCUGUACGAGGACUCGGUCGACGCCGUCAACGAGUGGCUCCUGUACCGGCCGAUGGCCGACGACGACUGGGACGUUGUGUUCCCAGCGUCGGUGUCGUUCAACAACCACGAGAAGGACAAGCCCAGCCCACAGUUUGAGAUUUCCCACCUGACGUGCUUCAUCGGAGCCAUGUACGGUCUCGGCGGACGGAUCUUUGAACGCGAAGCCGACGUCGAGAUGGCCAAGAAGCUGACGGACGGGUGCGUCUGGGCCUACCAACUCAUGCCCUCGGGUCUGAUGCCCGAGACGGCCCACGUCAUGCCGUGCGAGACGCUAGACAAGUGCCAGUUUAACCAGACGGCCUGGACCAACUAUCUCCUGAGACCCGAAGCCAUUGAAUCAGUCUGGUACAUGUACCGCAUCACAGGCGACGCCACUUGGAUGGACAAGGGCUGGACAAUGUUCGACGCCACGGUGCGAGCCUCCCGGACCGAGCUUGCCAACAGCGCAGUCGACGACGUGACGGACGAGGUCCCCUCCCUCCGUGACGAGAUGGAGAGCUUCUGGAUCGCCGAGACGCUCAAGUACUACUACCUACUCUUUUCUGAGCCAGACGUCAUCAGUCUCGAUGACUGGGUCCUCAACACUGAGGCUCAUCCCUUCAAAAGGCCUGCUUUCGCUUCUACUGCAUAG